UAUUUUAGGUGUUUAGUGAAUUAUGAGCAAUGGAGACAGUAAAAAUGGUUAUGAAAGUAAUGGGGAAAAAGCUUCAACCUUAAGUCAUGAUAGUAGAGAGUAUUUAUUUGUUGACAACGUUGACAAUGUUUCAAUUAACAAUAAAACAAUUAAAAAUAAUUUAAAUAAUGAUCAAUGUGAAGUAGAACCAAAACUUGAUAGAACAGAUAGUUCUGAAAGAAUAAGCCAACUUAUUGCUGAAGCUCAAAUGGAUGAUUAUGUUACUGAUUAUGCAGAAAGCUCUCAUAAUGAAAGAAAAAAUAGUUCUGAUGUUCUAUAUCCAGUGCUGUAUUUAGGUUCUGCAACAAUCAGUGAUCCUUUAAGUACCAAUGAAAUUUUAAAAACAAUGACUUUACUUUUGAAAAGUAAUUCAGCAACUGCCAAAAUUAUGCUCUGCAUUCGUCCAGAUGAGUUUUGUUGGUUUGAUGAAAAUAAUGAAACCUUAAUCGAAAGAUAUAAUAUUGAUAGCAUUUGUAAAUGGGGAAAAGAUAAGCAAAACUUUUGUUUUGCAACUAAUAUUGCUUAUGGUAUUGAUGACCCAAGUUUUAGAUGUCAUGUUUUCCAAUGUGAAGAUCAAAAUGAGGUUGAAAAGUUGAAUGAAGCACUAGAAACUGUAAAGAAUUCAGAGAUGGUUGAUUCACAAAUUAAGGAUGUUGAAAGUUACUUAUUCAAGUUUAUUAUUACUCUUGAUUUAUGGGAGGAAGAUGGGAAAGGGUCCUACCAACAGGUUGCAAGAGAUAAAAAUUAUUUCAAAUUACGAAAAGAGCUUCAAAGAAAAGUGGUUUUUGAAAUUGAACAACCAUCUUUUCCAAAAAUUAAAAUACAAAGAUGCUUUGGUCUUCUUUUAGCACAAGGAAGAGAUGUUGCUGAACAAGAGUUACAUCUAUUACCAGAGCUGAAAACAGAUCAUCGCCCUGGUGAUAGGGUUAUAAUAUCAGGUCAUUGGAACCCAAUGUUGGAUCAAUGGAAAAUGCUUAAUACUGAUACUGGAAAAGAUAACCGUAUCUAUAUGACAGUUGCUGCUGAUAUUGUUUUGGAGAAUUUGCAGGAACCAAUACGAAUAUUAAAAGAAGUCAAAGUAAGAGUGUUUAAUACAAAUGAAAAAUUUUGGAAUCCAUCUAAACCUAAGAUACAAGAUGAAUAUCAGUUGCAAGUUUUCGAGAAGCUCAAUGAAAAUGGUGUGCGAUGUUUUGUAAAAAAGAGUUUUUUAUCAUCUCAAGAAAAAGAAAAAGCCCAACAUUUUAGUUUUCGUUCAGUUUCAUCAUUAUGGAAAAAUACAAAUGUUCCUCAUCAAGUCACACAAAAUGAUAAAGAAAACUCGAAUGAUAUUGAGUUUGCUGAUCAUAACGAUGAAGUAUUUGAAGUAGAGGGCGAUCAAGAUGAUGAACCACUACUUUCUGGAACGGGUAAUCUGCAUGAAGAAUUUAGUUUGGAGCAUAUUGCCACUUGUGAAAACAUACUAAAAGAAUGGGAAGAAACCAAUAUAAAGCCAAAUGUUUCAUUUCUAAUGAAUUUAUUACAAACAGGUUUUCCAGACUUUUUAAGAGCCAAGUUGUGGGAGUUGAUUAUUGGUUUAGAAAAUAAUUCUGACCUGUUAAAAAGUUAUGAAUAUUUAAUUGAAAAGGAAUCUCCUCAAGAACAAGUAAUUAUAUGGGAUUUUAAAAGGACGUUUCCUUCGCAUGAAUUUUUUAAAGAGGCAGGCGGUAAAGGUCAAAUGGCUCUUUAUAAUGUCAGCAAGGCAUAUUCAAUCUAUGAUGAGGAAGUUGGUUAUUGUCAAGGGCUUUCAUUUCUUAUAGCUGUUUUAUUACUUCAUGUUGAAGAAGAAAUAGCAUACUGUAUGCUUGUAAAAAUUAUGUAUGUCUAUGGACAUCGAAACUUAUUUAAAGAUGGGUUUGCUUUAUUACACGAAUCAUUUUAUGUUCUUAAACGACUACUUGAGCAAUAUAUUCCAGAUUUAUUUGAACAUUUUCAAUCAACAAAUACUGAAAUACAUAUGUUCGCUUCACAGUGGUUUCUCACCCUUUUCACUGUAAAGUUUCCCUUGCCAUUAGUUUUUCAAAUUAUUGAUCUUGUCCUUUGCCAGGGUUGUGAUGUUUCAUUUCAGUUUGCAUUGGCUUUUUUAAAGCAUUCAAAACGAGAACUUCUUGCAUUGAAUUUUGAAGGCAUAAUGAAGUAUUUUCGUGUUGGUUUGCCAAAAAAAUAUAUAAAUGAAGAAAAUAUUAAAGAGUUAAUAGAUGUUGCUUUUAGUUUUAAGAUUUCAAAAAAACAGUUAAUGUCGCUGAAAGAAGAAUUUAUGAAAAUGAAAAAAGAGGAAGCAGAAAAAGAAGAUCCAAUAACAUAUUUAAAGAGAGAAAACCAUCGAAUUACUACGGAAUAUUUAAGAUUAGAACGUGAAAACGACAUCCUAGCCUUAGAAAUUGUUACUACUCAAGUAUCAACUCAAGAAACUAUAUUGGAUCGUGAAGAGAAAAUCAACAAUUUGACCAAAGAAUCUGAAAAGUUAAAAUGUUUGUUAGCAGAAUAUGAAGAAGAAAUAAAUAGAUUAAAAAUGGAAGAGAUAUGUGUUAAAGAAAUGUGGCGUGAUAGUACAUUUAGAUCGGAUACAGAAAAAGAAAAGCGUGAAAAGAUAAUACACGAUUAUAAACAAAUUCUAUCGCAAUCAGAGUCCAGAUUUGAACAGGAAAAAAAAGAAUUACAAUCUGAGUUAUUGCAAAUAAAGAAACAGCUCAGUAAUUGUGAAAAAUGUUCUCAAAACAUAUUGCACCAUCCUAGUCCAGGAUCGUCACCCACAGUAUCACCUGUCAUAUUUCCUAAAGAUGACAAUGAUCAGCAAUUAAAAGAUUUAGAAACUGAAUUAAUUAUCACUAAGCUUGCUUUAGCUGAAGAAAGGAAUAGAGCUGAUGAAAUCGAAAUGAAGUUACAUGGUUUAGCGGUUGCUUCAGAAAGACCGUGGUAUAAAAAAGUAGUAAUAAAUAACAAACGGUAGCUAGGUGACCAAUAAACAGCUUAUAAAGUAUUAUUUUUCAAUAUUAUUAAAUUUAUAAACUUAUUAUUGUUGUUUUGUACAUAAAUAUUAUUUGAAACAUCUUGUAAAUAAGAAACACAUCUUAAAA